UUAACAUGGCCUUUUAUCACGUCUAUCAAAGUGGUGCUGGUUCGACCAGUUCUUCUCGAAUCAUGGAUGAGCCAUCAGCUUGCCCUGGAUGUCUGUACGCUGAACCCGUGACGAUUUCUGUCGUCCAAAAUGUCACUGCCCAUAGUUUCCCAAAAGAGACAAGCACCGUUAUUCGAGUGAACCCAACAAGAGAGCCUCAAAAAAAGAGGGAAGGGCCAGUAAAAGAACCAGUCAAAUGUACAAGAGUUCAAUUCACUGUUUAUCAAAGAUGUGUGUUGGAGAAGACAUUUUCUCUGUCACAGUAUAUUUCAGCUCAGAAACGCCUAGCAUUAUCUCAAGAACUGGGAAUUUCAUGUGAAAAAAUCCAGACUUGGUUCAAGAACAGACGUGUGAAAUGGCGGAAAGAAGAGCGACAGACCGGUGAGGGCUUAGCUCCUGCAUCCCUUAGGACUGGUCCCUACUUUACCUAUUUGGGUCACGUGCCAUAUCCUAAUAGCAAACUUAUGGUGCGUGAUGCACGGAUGUUGCUUGGUUCUCCACAAGCCUCGUACAUCAGCAAAUCAUAGUUUUAAUUCGUUUUUAAAAAUGGCAGAUGAAUAAUUGAUAUGCUUUACUUAUGCCUUGAGGCAAUUAUAUAUUUGUUCGAUUUUUCCACUAAUUCUUUAAAAUUGACUCAUCACUUUCACUGCUCUCACUGGACUUGCUCCUCCACAUAUUUCAAACAUCUUAUUAUAUUACUGUCUUUCGAAGGUAUUACGUCUUGUAUUCUUGAUUCCCAACACUUUUUAAACUUAAAUAGAGGAUAUAGAAAGCCUCAUUACAACCCGGAAAAAAAUUAUUUAUAAAACUAACUGUUGUUAUAUUUAUCAUGUUUUUUUCUCGUUGAAACUAUGUUUGUCAUAUUUAUUACCACUUUCAUUAGCAUCAUUAUUAUUACUAUUAUUUGUUUGUUUGAAGCAUGCUAACUUUAUAUGUAGAAUGACACUAACUUCUAAAAGCACUAAAAUCUCAUGCUACAUACAAACUAUGCUUGGUUCACAAAUUGUAGAAUGAUCAAACUAGUCACUAAAAAAUGACGUCACUUGACGUCACACUCGAUCCAGUUCCCAACGGAGCUCGACUGAUAUAUGUCUGGCGAAAGCGGACCGAAGAAGAAGAAG